GAUUCCUUGUGAAAAUCGGUGUACGGAAUUUUAUCCAAACAGUGCAGGUUUUAAAAUUAGAGCGUAAAUCACGCAUUAAGCGGUAUGUGUGCAACUAGGAACCUAGAGUUUGACUAUAAAUAGCGCAAUAUAUUUUUUUCGUCAUAACUGGGAGAGCUUUUUUGAAAUACGCCCUGGACGAGCCACUUUGUGAUAAAUCCAGAAGGAUUGGUAUCAGGAGCGGCAGUUUUGUUUCAAAAGGCUGACUAAUUGUUGAAAAAAUGCUCGGACAAAAUGAAGAUCCCUCUUCCAUAGGUGACUGGUAUCGAGAAAAACGGCUCGGCAGCGGUGGAUUUGGAGUCGUCACUCUAUGGAAAAAUCAGCAAACGAAGGAGAUGGUUGCGAUAAAAAAGUUUCACAUUCUUCAAGAUAAGAGUGAGAUGACCGACAAACAUUGCGAACGCUGGCGGAACGAGGUAUUACUGAUGACGAAUAAAGUACGGAAUGAAAAUAUUGUUCGCACAGUGCAGGUCCAACCGGAGAGCUUUCUUGUCGAAUUGAUUAGUAAUUCAGUCAGUAAACUGCCCAUUCUUUGUAUGGAAUACUGCGAGGGUGGUGAUUUAAGAAAGGUCUUGAAUCGAGCAUCCAAUUGCAGUGGAUUGAGUGAGCUAGAAGUGAGAGAUAUUCUGCGAUCGCUACGAAAUGCUAUCUCGUGUUUGCACAGCCUUAAGAUAACGCAUCGUGAUAUCAAACCAGAGAACAUUGUAUUGAAGCGGGAGGGCGAUAGAGUUGUAUAUAAACUAACCGAUUUGGGGUAUGCCAAAGCAUUGGACAAGCAAAGUUUGAAUGCAAGUUUAGUAGGAACGGUCGAAUACAUAGCACCAGAUUUGAUUUAUUGUGAUCGGUACAACUGUUCUGUCGAUUACUGGUCAAUGGGCAUAAUCGGGUUUGAAAUUAUCUGCGGGAUUCGUCCAUUUAUUCCGCACACCUCGGUUGCAAAGUGGAUGAUGCAUGUGCAGCAGAAAAGCUCCAUGCACAUUGCUAUCACCGAAGACAAUCGCGACAAUUAUGUUUACCACAGUGAUGUUUUUCUCGAGAAUCAUAUUUCACCGGAUCUGAAGAAACAUCUGGAAAUGUGGCUCCGGUUGGCUUUGGAAUGGAAUCCGAAGCAACGUGGUUAUGUUUUCCAAGUCGUUGCUAAAGAGGAGGCUGAGCAACAGCUUAAAUCGGUAACAUUUGCCGAUAGCCCAGCUGAUCGGAAACAGCCAGUUCAAGUAUUGAAAGUCUUCUCUAUGCUGGAUGAGAUUUUGCAAAAGAAAUUUCUUACAAUGUUCUGUUUGUACAACUGCCGUUUCCUAAGUCUGGAAAUUAACGAGUCGAGCGAUUUGAACAUGAUUAAAAGUCAUAUUGAAGCUGAAACGGGCAUUUCAGCUGACGCAAUAGAAUUUGUGCUUCCUCUUGAGCAAAAGUUGCAGCGUGUCACGGAAAGCACAACACCAAUCGAUCUCUAUAUCACCGGUUUCUUUGAGAAACCAAUGCUCUAUGUAGUCAACAAGCAAAGUGCCAUUAUUCAACCGGAUCUGAAACCGGAAAUACCAAAAAGUGUAUCGGAUGUGUUCCAGAACAUUAGGGUGAAGUUGAAACCGCACAUGCUGCGGCAGUUUACUGGCAAUGCGCACUAUUUUGUCGCAAAUCAACAGCGACUGUAUGUUUUAACGUUGGAAGGUAUUAAAAAUUAUGCCUUGGCAUUGAACGAAGACAUUGUUCAAUGUAAGGACGAGGUCGGUCAGCUGAAUAAGAUUACGUAUGGAAUAAGUGGAGGCUUGGAGUACCACAAGUUGACGUUGAGUCAUACUAAGGAAAGGGCAACAAGAAAGAAGCUAUCGAAUAGUGUUCUAGAGGAAACUUUCAACUUAUGGGAAGAACGUUGCUCCCGAAUGGAACAGAGCAUCUUGAAGUUGAUUGAGGUGACCGACAAAAUUACUAAACGCUAUGACUCGGUACUGAAGCGUAGCCGUGAUUCUGUUGGUCACCAUCUACUGAAAGAUUACGAGCAACUGGAUCACUUCAACCUGAAAGGGCUCGACGGUCGAUACGAAAUUGUCCGAGCGCAGAUAUUGGAAAAGAAUACGCAUGAAAAAUCGCACAUCGAUAUGCUGCAGGCGGUCUACGAGUGUUUGAAGAAGCGUGAUGUUUUACUGCGGGAUUAUGCAUUUAAGGAACUGCAGCAACAGUUGAUUGACAUUCGUCGUGAAAUGCAGGAGAUUCGCAAAGCCUUACAGAAGGCUUUAGAACAUGCCGACAAAUACAAGAAAGAAUUAGCCAGAAUGACUUUGGAACACAGUGAUAAUAUUUGGAAUUUGAUACAAAACUUGAUAGACACGGCUCACAAACUAUAUUCGUCUUGUGACGAACAACCCGUUACUCUUUCGGAUAUGGAACAGAUGAUGAGCUCAGUUAGUUUGCAAGCAAAACCCACCAACGGUUUACCGAACGGUCCUUCUUUUCAUGUCGGUGGCACAGUGUCUACAUUGCAGGAUUGUAUCGACAAAAGUUUAGUGAGCAACAGCUUACUUUGUUUCGGUGAAGGACCGGACGUGGAAUCAUUGAUAGCAGCCAAUGAUUCGUUGAUAAUGACGACUAACGAUUUAAUCACUGAUGGUUUUGAUUUCUUGAAGUAGUGAGUAGCAAUACUCCUUCAGUCAAUUAUAAUGGUGCCUGUCUGUCGUGGACUUUGCAGUUGAAAUCAACCUGCUGUUCACUAGUAACUGUUUUCAUGUUGUGCCCAUACAACGUAUUUUAUGAAACGGAACGUAUCGUCUACUAAAAGCAAUUUUAAAUUUUGUUAAUGUUUGACUAUAUAUUUACAAGAUGGCGCCCAAAUAAAACUAAUGUUAAAAAAAUAAA